AUGAUACUUACCAAAGCUGCAUGCCUCACCGCCGCCACGGCGAGCUAUGUCCUCUGCCUCCUCCCUCCGAAAUCGUCCAAAAGCGUUGAUCAGAAAAAGAACGACAAGGUCGUGCAUGAGAACUGGCUUCGCAUGGUCGACGUCCACAAGCUGCCUAUAGCCAUGGCUUCGGUCGGCAUCCUCGAGACGGUACUCUACAUUGUGCUCAUGGUCCGAGGACCUACCGUAUCGAAUGGUAUUGCCGUCCAGAGGAUGCGUGAGCUUGAGACUUGGCACAAGGUUCUGACGGCUCUCUGUGUCGCCGGAUAUGCUCUGAGAAAGUGGUCUUUCAUUGCUUUGGACCGAUUCUUCACCUAUCAGCUAACGAUCCGCUCGGGACACAAGCUCAUCCAAUCCGGUCCAUACACCUUCCUCCGCCACCCCUCCUACACGGGUGCGAUUCUCAGCAACGUUGGGUUCCAAAUGCUGGUCUUACCGGACGGUCUCUGGGGUGCGUUUGUGCUGAUGCUCACAAAAGUCCUUGCCGUGGUUACAAGGUCCAACAGUAUUUCGCUGCCAACGUCGUUUCUUGGGGUCGAUGGUGGAGUGUGGUUAACAGCCGCUUACGGAGGCAUGUGGGUCAGCAUGCUGAUGACUCGUGUCAAGAACGAGGAGGCCGCGCUGCAGGAGCAUUUUGGCAAAGAGUGGGAUGUUUAUGCGAGCAAGCGUUGGCGCUUCAUUCCUUUCAUCUAUUGA